CCUGAACUCCGAAGACCCAGACUGCUUAUGCAAAGCGUGAAAAUCGGAGAGCGUACUUUUGCGGUCUGUACUUAAAGAGAAAAUUGUCCCUCUGCGGCACCCAGAAAAAGGAAGUCGGUCACUAGCUAACUGGUGGUAGUUACUUGUUUAUAUCGUGAAGAGAGGUAUUGUGCUCCUUCUCAUCAUGGCAGACGAUGCGCUCUUCGAGUUUCUACACAUGGAGAUGGUGGCUCACGUUUACAAAGAGCAGGCGUCUAGAGCGGAGACGGAACAGGAGAGAAACACAUGUGUGUCUGUAUUGGAAGGCAUGGGAUUCAGGGUAGGACAAGGACUAAUAGAAAGGAUCACAAAAGACACACCCAGUUUCAAGGAUGACCUGGACAUGAUGAAGUUCAUUUGCAAAGAUUUUUGGAUUAACAUCUUCAAGAAGCAAAUCGACAACCUGAGGACGAACCACCAGGGUACUUAUGUCUUACAAGACAACAAGUUUGCACUAUUGACCCAGUUCUCUAAUGGCAAGCAGUACCUGGAGGAAGCCCCCAAGUACCUAGCCUUCUCCUGUGGAUUGGUGAGGGGUGCCCUCUCGAACCUGGGGUUGGACAGCGUGGUGACAGCGGAAGUUUCCACCAUGCCCUCAUGUAAAUUCCAGGUUGUGAUUCAGAAAACAUAGAGCGGACUUCAUGCCAUAUGCUGUUGGAAGCAUUGCGAUGGAGCGAAACGGAGUGAUGGCGACAGAAAGGGUCUAAUCAUACAGGGAGUCUGUUUUAAACAAAUGCUUCCCUUAGAGAUGUAUGAUAGUCAGCUAUGUGUUUUAGAGGAUAAUGCAAAGAUUUCAGCCUUACCAUUGAAUUUAAGACAGUACAGUGUAUGUUACAUUUGUAUUUAUGGUUGAGGAAAUUAUGUAAAGAAUUGUACUGUCUUAUUUUUUAAGGUGUUGGUCUAGCUAGAAGCUCACAUUUGUGGAUGUGGACGUGUCUGUGGUCAAUGGAGUUGAUGCUAUGCUUUUGACAAAUAAGUGGUUUGGAUUACAGCUGACCGACAAUCUCAGCAGAGAUACGCAUAAAUUGCUGCAGAGCAUUUUUUGUAAUAAUUUGUUUAGAAAACACAGCAUAAGAAGCCAUAUAUAUUUUCAGAAAGUUUUCAACCAAAAAUUGCUGAUGCAUUCUGAUGAACAGUUCUCUCCACACCAGCAUAGCUUUAUUUGUAACAUAAUGUGACAUAGAGCCAUACAAUGGUUUGAGAACAUUGAUGUUUUUCUGUUAUUUAAUUUACUGAUAUAUGAAAAAUUUGUGUGACCAGCACUAGCUGUUGUUUCAACCUCACCCUCUAGUGGUAUUAUACUGUUACUGCAUUCCUUUGAUGCAGACAGACACAAAGUUAUGUGGAGCCAAAUGCAAUACCUUCUGGGUGAGGGAUCUACAAAGGAUCUACGUCUUUUCUUAGCUAAGUGUUUAUUUUAAACUGUUGGCAUCACUUUCUUUGCCUGUGUUUUUUUUUUUUUUUUUUUUUCCAGUAAAGGGACACUGAAGUAAUUUGACUUGAGGGCGUGGACAAAAUUUUGAAAUCUGUAAACAAUUAAAUGCCGUCAUGUGAUUCUCAUUUCAUUGCUGUUGGUCACAUUAGUGAAAUUGCAGAGCCUCUUUUAACCGCUAGGUGGCAGUCAAAGGCAGGUGGCAGGUGGUUCACAAGAGGCAGCGCCACGCAUGAGGAUGGGCCUAGAUGCCAGAUGCGUCACUGCAGAGGCCUGCGCAGAGCAGCCUGGUGCAUUUAACCCUUUGCAGAACCUUUACCUGAGGGAGAUGUGAACCGAGGUCAGCUGAAAUCUGUCAUUAUCUUAGGUUUCUUAGGUUUCUACAAGCCCAUACUCAGUUUGGAAAAAAAAAAAAUAAAUUCAUCGUUGAAAUAAAACUGCCUAAUUUGCUGAGCCCUUCUUUCAGUUUGAUAACGCUUUGCUUUGGCUUCAGAAUAUAUACUCGAAAACAUUGGAGCGUUGACGUGACAACUCGGCAGUGGAGAAAGUCAGAUUUCGGAACUUUUGUAAGCAAAUGUUGCUUUGGGACAUGAUAGGGGUUCCUCCUCUUGGAAAGCAUUACUUCAUUAAAGGCUUUUUUUUCUUCCAUUCCCAUCACCAUAAGUCAUUUUUCCUCACCAGUCCAUUACUUGGCCCUUGGCAGUGCAGUGGGUGUAAUUUCUGAGUCGGAGAACAUAGUGUGCCUUGCAAGAUAACGAAAUUUGACAUGCUUUAGGCUGUGAUUCACCUCUGAGCGGAUGGGUGGACCUGGAAUACGUUCAGUGCUUAUGAUUUGACCUCUGAUAUAGGCCUCCCCCUCCUCGCGCGCACACACACACACACACACACAAGCGUAGGAGCUUUGACAGUUCACUGCUAUAUAGUUUCUGCUUUACAGGUAUAUGACAGGGGGAGGGGACAUGACGUCUGCAGAUGAAAAAGUUUGCAUUUAAAUUGCUGAGAGGAAACAACUGAAUAAGC